UCUCUGUGAUACUGUAGCUUUUUAUUUUUUUUUGUUUUCAUAAUUUUAUAUUAUUUGUCAACUGUUUCAAGAAAGUAGUAAGCUAAAUAAAGAAAUACGUAUCUUUAAAAAUAUAUUAUAGAAUCAGAUUUGAUCGAAGUUGUCUUUAGUUUGUACUCUGUGCUGCUAACUACAUAUGUCCCUUUUAUCUCUCUUUAUUUCUCUCUCUCUCUAGAUCCUGAUGUGAUUUGAAUUUUUUCAAAUAAUUUAAUCUGAGCAAGAGAGAAAAAUAACAAAGGAAGAGGAGCAGGUGUUUGUUUUUUAUCGUUUGGAGUUUGAGGAAGAGAAGUCAGCAGUUUGUCUAAAUAUUUCUUUGUAUUCUUGCAAGAUUUCAACAGCUCCCUUUAGUUUCUGCAUUACACUACAAAAAAUGGUGUAUGGUAAUUCAGAUUCGUGAUCUGAAAUUUGUCAGUGAGGAACUCAGAGAACUGGGGAAAAUUGGAUCAUUUUCUACAAGUGAAGUUAAAGGAAUAAGGAGACAGUUUGGACUCGAUCAAUGAUCACUGAUCGAUCUGAAUAUAUGGCUGCAGUUCAAUUUCAGAUGAGGUUCCAUUAGCACUUAAUCAAACACAGAUCGAGCGGAGAGAAUGAAUGUUCAAAUAGCCUAAGAAGCUGUGAUGGGAACAAUGGCAGAAUUGGGAACCAUGGGAAAGUUUGGAGCCAUGGCAGAAGAGCAGCAAGGUAACCAGAUGGUAAUGGAUAAACAAUCAGCAGAAGAAUGGCUAUCGCGAGUCCAGUCGCUAAUACCAUCCGUCCUCAGCAAGGCCAAAACGGUUAAGAAUUUUACAGGACGAUGGAAGACGAUAAUCUCAAAGAUUGAUCAGAUCCCAGGUUGUUUAUCUGACCUCUCAAGCCACCCUUGUUUUUCCAAGAACAAGCUCUGCAACGAGCAGUUACAAUCUGUGGCUAAGACGCUUAAUGAAGUGAAAGAGCUUGCAGAGUUGUGUUCAACUGACAAGUACGAAGGGAAGCUGCGUAUGCAGAGCAAUCUCGAUGCUUUAUCCGGAAAACUGGAUUUGAAUCUUAGAGACUGUAUGGUUUUGAUCAAGACCGGCGUUCUCGGCGAGGCUACAUUACCUCUAUAUAUCUCAAGUUCGUUGGAAACACCCAAAAUUUCCAGUCUAAAAGAAAUUCUUGCGAGGCUUCAGAUCGGUCACUUGGAAUCAAAACACAGUGCUCUCGAAAACCUCCUUCGUGCAAUGCAAGAGGAUGAAGAGAUGGUUAUGCCUUUGAUCGGAAGAGCCAACGUAGCAGCUUUAGUUCAACUGUUAACAGCAACUUCUUCGACGAGAAUCAGAGAAAAAGCAGUGAAUCUUGUCAGUAUAAUAGCAGAAUCAGGACACUGCGACGAAUGGCUUAUCUCCGAAGGUGUGUUGCCUCCUCUAGUGAGGCUAAUCGAAUCAGGGAGUCUGGAAAGCAAAGAAAAAGCUGCGAUUGCGGUCCAGAGACUGUCGAUGACAGAGGAAAACGCACGGGAAAUCGCAGGACAGGGCGGAAUCACGCCGCUUAUCCAUCUCUGUAAAACAGGGGAUUCUGUGUCACAAGCUGCGUCUGCAGCUGCUCUGAAGAACAUUUCAGCAGUUUCAGAGCUGAGACAGUUACUUGCGGAAGAAGGAAUGGUUAGAGCCUCGAUCGAUAUUCUGAACCACGGGAUAUUGUUAGGAUCAAGAGAACACAUGGCCGAGUGUUUGCAGAAUCUCACUGCAGCGAGCGAAGCUCUACGCGAAGCCAUUGUUUCAGAAGGCGGAGUCCCGAGUCUCUUGGCUUAUCUCGACGGUCCGUUGCCGCAAGAACCGGCGGUAACGGCGCUGAGAAAUCUAAUUCCGUCGGUGAAUCCAGAGAUAUGGGUCGCUCUCAAUUUGCUUCCACGAUUAGCCCAGGUGCUCAAGUCAGGAUCUUUAGGCGCGCAAGAAGCAGCAGCAUCGGCGAUUUGCCGUUUCGCAUGCUCGCCGGAGACGAAGAGGCUAGUGGGAGAAUCCGGGUGCGUUCCGGUGAUCGUGAAGCUUCUGGAAUCGAAAUCCAACGGAUGUCGAGAAGCGGCAGCUCAAGCGAUCGCCGGACUAGUGACGGAGGGGAAAAUUCGGCGGGAAUUAAGGGAAGACGGGAAGAGCGUGACGAACCUAGUGACAUUGCUUGAUUCGAACCCUGGAAACACGGCGAAGAAGUACGCCGUGGCGGGGCUUUUGGGAUUGUCGGGGAGCGAGAAGAGUAAGAAAGUGAUGGUUUCGUACGGAGCAAUUGGGUAUCUGAAGAAACUGUCGGAAAUGGAAGUAAUCGGCGCCGACAAGCUUCUCGAGAAGCUUGAAAGAGGAAAACUGAGAAGCUUCUUCCAUCGGUAAACGAUGAAGAAGAUAGUACCUAAUUACUAUUAUCCAAGUCGUUACUUAUCUGAUGUAAUGUAUAAGAAUGGUCUUUAAACUUUAUCAGAAAGCCCAUUGGAUAGUUUCUCUUAA